GUUAUCGGCGGCAAGCCGAUACAUAGUUGGUGCAUCGAUAGCGUCAUCGUUCGAGUGCCAUCUUUAGCCGACGGGUGGGAUAGAAGUUCCAAUUGGGAUUUACAUCCAGUGAUUUUCUAAUUAAAUUAAUUUUUUCCAAUUGCCUAAAUGCACAUUCUGCGAAACGGAUCGAACAAACAAAUAUGAAUGUUUGAAGCGAAUCAAACCGCAAAGAGAAGUGCAAAACUGAUUCGUGGCCUACCGUCGACCUUAAAAAGGAGAUCAAAGGAGAAUAGAAGAAGAGCAAGUGGCAAAAACACAAAAACAAAGAGAGGAGCGAAAAAAAGGCCAACAUGAACAGGACACUGUAUGUACGCCAUGCGAUAUGUGCCAUUUGGCUGGUUGUACUGGCAACUCCUGGCAUAGUGGCCCAGCUGGACCUGGAUCAGAUCCAGACCCAACUGCCCGACCAGCUGAGCAAGUCGAACUUUAGCGUCAACGACGCCAAGGAGCUAAUCCGCAACAAAUGCGUCGAGGUGGCCGGCGAGGAGGCGGGCGGCGAGGCGUACGGCGAGAUCGAGUCCGGAUUCAUGGUGCUGACGGAGUGCCUCAAUGGCAUUGUCAACUACACGGCGAUGCAGCAGGAGAUACAGGAGGCGUCGCCCAAGGGCGAACUGGAUGUGGUCUUCAACAAGUACUGCAGCCGGCGUUCGAAUGCCGUGGAGUGUGUGGAUGUGUUCACGGCCAAGCUGGUGCCCUGUCUGUUGCCGGAGGAGCGCGAGGGUCAGGAUGUCAUCAAGCAGAUCAUCCAGAGUGUGCUCAACUUUGUCUGCCACAAGGAUGGCGAUAAGAUAGCCCUCUUCAUUGCCGAAAAGGGACCCGAAUGCAUUGAGUCCCAGAAGGACAACAUACAGCAGUGCGUGAACAACACGUUCUCCGAGUACCUAAACCUUUCGGAUCUGCAGGACAACCGGAUAAAGAGCAUGCCCAAGCUGACGGUCGGGCAAAAGCAGUGCGACGAAAUGCUGACACUGCAGGCAUGUGUGGUCAGUAAACUGGAGAAUUGCUUGGACAUAUCCCCGGCGAAUCUCGUCGAGUCCAUGUUCAACUUCAUCAGGAACCAAACCCUGUGCCGGGACAAUCAGAAAUCGCCACUCGUUGCUGCUGCGGCCAGCGGAGGAAGUCGGACAUUCCAUCAAGUGUGGCCCAAUGUGGGCAUCUUUUUGCUUAUCCUGCGAUUCGCUCUUCAUAAGACACCUUAGUUCUAAGUCUAGGCUAGUCCGCUAUAUAUCUCGAAUCCGGAUCCGGAAUCUGUAAAAUGCCUUCUCAAUGCUUCGACUUUUGGCAGUCCAAAGCGAUUUAUCAAAGAGCACGAUAAUCACUGUUUUCAAGCUUUUGCUUCGCUUGUAUUAAAUAUGUACGCAUGUAGCCGUGGAACAGGUGUCCAUAGUUCAACCGCUUUCGGGAAUGCGCAUGUCAAGGUAUUCCAGGCCAGGCUAUUUUGUUUGGUGCUUCUAAUUUAUGUAAUUAUUUGCUAGUUUAUAUAGUAUUUGUAAACAAUGCUUCUGCUUCUACUGCGGAACUGUUGAAUCUGAAUCUGAACUUCUUCUGGCCUUUGUCGUGCGUUCAUCUCAAUGCUUUAUUUUAAUUUAAUGUAAAAAUGGACUUCUGGAUUUGAUUCGAGUUGGGUUUGUAUUAAAUCGCGUAUUCAAGCUAUGGUAAUCUCACUAUUUCAAAGUGGUUCGGGUAUGGGUUUGGGAAAUGAAAUGCUAUAUAUGUAUGAAAAAUGAAUGGAAAUGUUUUGUAAAUGAAUAUACGUAUCAUUACUGUAAUAAUAAAGUGAUAAAAUUGAAAAUAAA